AUGCAGAGAGGCUUUAAGGGAUACGCACUUCGACUGCUGCUACUCCAGCCCGAUUUCGCGAGCAAAGGUGAGGCAAAGGACGGGUAUGGUGUGGGAGGGAUGAAGGAGAGGAGGAGGGGAGAGAAGCGCAUUGUGCUUAUCAGGCACGGGCUGAGCUCGUGGAAUGCGGAGGGGAGAGUCCAGGGCCGGUCGGAUGAGUCUGUUUUGUCGGAGACUGGCGAGAUUCAGGCGCUGAGGUGCAGAGAGGCGCUGAGGGAUACCCACUUCGACUGCUGCUACUCCAGUCCGAUUUCUCGAGCUAAGAGCAGUGCAUCACCUGGGAGGGGCGCAAGGGAGCCUCUCGUGUUUCUGGAGAGCAGCGCGGAGAUCAUUUGGGAGGGGCGCAAGGAGCCUCUGGUGUUCCUGGACUCCCUUAGCGAGGCCCACCUGCACUUUCUUGAAGGCAUGCUCAACUCCGAAGCUAAGCGGCUGUAUCCGGACCUGUUCCGAGCCUGGCGAGAAGAUCCGGCGAACUUCUGUGUGGAUGGGGUGUUUCCGGUGCACCAGCUGUGGGAUCAGGCCAGAGACACGUGGCGAGAGCUGCUAGAAAGCCCAGGCUCUCAGAUUUUGGUCGUCACACACAAGUCCCUGUUGAGAGCGCUGCUCUGCACUGCUCUUGGCAUGGGCCCUGACAAGUUCAGGGCAAUGGACGUCAACAAUGGGGGCAUGUGUGUGGUGAUGGUGAACAGUAGAGGCGAGCCCAUGGUGGAGAGUCUCAAUAUGCUGCUAGCAGCGCUGCUGACAGUGUCUCUGGGAGUGGCCAACCGAGUGCUCUACAAGCUGGCGCUCAUUCCACCCAAAAACCCCAAACCCGAAAUCUCAUCUCUACCCCAUCAGCUCCUAGAACUAGCGCUGCUGACAGUAUAUCUGGUCUCAUCCUCCUCCUCGUCUGCUGCUCCCUCGAUAUGGUCACACCCGACAUGCUCCCUCGUCUCGCAGCCCGUCCUGUGCCCUGCUCCCCCCCUUUCCUUCUCGUCCAUACCUCCCUUGCCCCUUUUCCUCCUCGUUCGUACCUCCCUUGUCCCUUUUCUCAUUUCCCUUUACCGUUUCCGCAUCCGCCCCUUGGCAGCAGCAUUUGUCAAGAAGCCGCCUCUGCCCACUCUCCUCUCCCCCCUCUCCCUGCUCUCCCCCCUCUCCCCGCCCUCCCCCCUCUCCCCGCUCUCUCUCCACUCCCCUCAAUCUCCCCCCAUUCCCUCUCCCAGCUACGUGGCAGUCUAUUCACUCACCCUCCUCGCCCGCACCUCCCUCAAUAUAGUCACACCCGACAUGCUCUCUCUGCCCAAGCUUCCCUUCAUGCUCAUGGGGCUGCUGGAAGGAGCAGGACUCGCAUUAGGCAUGAUUGCUGCUGCGCACAUGCCAGGAGUCCUCAUCCCAGUGCUCUCACAGGUCUUCCUGGUGUGGCAGGUCACCUUCUCUUAUGUCUUCCUCGGCUGCCGGUACUCGCUACAGCAGCUUCUGGGAUGCUUCCUCGUGAUCAUGGGGGUUGCCGUGGUGGUGAUCACAAGUGGACCGCCAUUGCAUAUUGUGUCCACGUUAUUAGCUUCUCUGCUAGCAGCAACACCGAUCCAGUGGCCCCUCCUCUUCCUAUUGUCCACUGUGCUUCCAGCAGCAUCCUCUGUUCUUAAGUACACUAAGAUGUUCCAACAGAAAUACCUCUUCCAGCUCUCAUACCCGUUUCCCCACCUCCUUCCCCUCAUCUUCUCCUACUGA